AUGAAACCUAAUACAAGAAAUCCUAUUUUUCCCGAAGAAAUAAUUUUCGAAAUAUUUUCAUGGCUUCCUGUCAAGUCGUUGGUGCAAUUCAGGUGCGUUUCGAAAAAAAUCUAUUCUCUUAUGUUGGAAUCAGAAUUCGUAGAUAUUCAUCACCGUCGUUCUAUGAUUCGUGAUGGUGGAACAAAAUUCCUAUUACGAAAAAUAGAAGGUUUUUACACAAUUGAGCGAAACGAAGAUGGAAAAAACUAUAAAUGGAACCCUAAUAAUCGUUAUGAUUAUGUAAUGUAUGCUAAUGGUUUAUUUUGCAUGUGGAAAGAUAAUGUGGAAACCCCUAGAAUUUGGAAUCCGAGUACAAGAGAAGUAAUACGUCUUCCCAAUCUAAGAAGAUGUGGAAGCACAAUUGAUCCUUUAAUGUAUAAUUAUUCAUUAGGUUAUGAACCCGAAGAAAAAAAAUAUAAAGUAUUGAUGACACAAGAAUUUAAGAGAGGAAGUAGGCCCACAAAAAAUUGGGUAUUCACAUUAAGUAUAGACGAAGAAUGGAGAGAGAUUGAAAGUACGGUUGAUUUUAUCCCCUCUUUUAAUCGAAGAGUUUGUGUCAACGGAGUUAUCUAUAUGCUGGAUUACAAGAUUAAUAAGGCUAUUGUUGCAUUCGAUGUUAAAGGCGAAAAGUUUAGAAUUAUCAAAUUAUGGAAGAAUUUUGGUUCUAAUAAUUUCGGGGAUUACAAUCUGAUAGAAGUGAAGGGAAAAUUAGGAGUCGUGAACAAUUCAAAGUUGUUUGGUGAAGAGAAUUUGUGGAUUUUAAGAAAUUCUCGAUGGAGGAGACAUAUCAUUCGCUUUACUCAAGAAGUUGAGUUGGGUUAUUAUACUAGUAAAGAAAUUUGCAAUUCUUGUGAUGGAGAGAUUGUAUUUAUCGUGUCAGAAUCGUAUUUUUCGGCAUUAUAUAUUUAUGAUAUUAGGAAAAAUAGUUGGAAAUAUUUGAAAAUUCAGCAGUUACCAGGAAAGGGUUGUAUUUACAAUGUUUUUUGUUUUGCAGAAAGUGUAUUCUCAUCACCAAGUUUAAGAAUUUUAAGACAUUUGGACUUGUAA